AUGUUCUGGAUCUCCCAGGAAAUUAGCAUUACGAGGGGCGAGGGAACUGAAAAGAUUCACUUUGGCAAAGGAACCAAAGUGAGAGUCGAACGCGAGGAAUACUCUGAGCCGAAAGUCUACGAACUGACUGACACAAAGACCGAGCAGAAGGUUUGUCUGGCGACUGGAUUCACGAGACACAACCUACUGAAGGACCAGGACGAGUUCAGUGGAACAGAAGCCAGUCAGAUCGUAGAGGACGGGAAACCAACCGGCAUCUAUAACCAGGUGGCCGUGCUAGACGCUGGCCAAGCAUGUGGUAACACCACAGAAAAAGAGCCAAAUGAGCCAUGUGUUGCCUCUCUGGAACCAGAUGAGAUGGUGAACCUGGCCUCCCUGACCGUCUUCGGCCUGAGAGUGAUCUUCAUGAAGACCGUGGUCUUCAACGUCCUGAUGACGCUGCGGCUGUGGAUCAGUCAGUAGAUCCAGCAGAACCAGGAAGAGCUGCAGCUGCAGGAGCUCCGUUCUGUAGAUAAAACAGAAGAUCCUGUUGAUGACGAAGUUCUUCUGUAAACUCUCUGCUUCUGUUACUGAUGAAUGACUUUUUGUUCCCCCUGCCUGUAAAUAUUACAGUUAUUAUGUGUAAAGAGAAAUAUCUGCUGUUGACCGACUCUGUGUGAAACUUCCUGUUUGACUUCAAAUAAAACGCUCAGAAAACACCA